GCAAGGCAAAUAAACAUGAUGAAUUUUGGGGCAGGAACACUGUGUUUUCGAUACAGGUAUUUCCACAACUGAAGAAUGCAUCUCGAGUUUAUGUCAUAUAAAUCAUCUCGAUUAAUGGCUGGAUGCAGUUUGUCAUCUUUGUACCUGUGAGAGGAUAUGAUGAUGAUGAUGCUGCGGCUUUGAUUGAUGUUGUCACACUUCUAAUAUUCGCUCACACCCGUCGGAUGUCGAGCGCAUAAGAUCACUGGAAACAACGGCGAUGCUUCUUCAAUUCGUCCUUCACCUGUUAGGAUAUUCACGGCUCGGUGACCAGCAAAUCUUUGGACUUUAGUAUAGGUAAAAUAUAAGAACAGCACGAUCUUUCUGUGUUUACGUCACAGACACUGCCACGCGCGAGAGUGCACGUGAGAACUGCUGGAAUGAUGCAUCGUUGGCGUGUAUCCUGUGAUGAAUAACAUAACAUACAUUGGUGUUUUGAUCUUGACUAACUGGAGGUGCUGUUGGAGUUCUAUGGUGAAUACUUGGAAUUUACAUGGCUCUUUAUUUCUGCACUAUCCUCAGUUAAGAACGACCUGGAGUAACCAUGGCAACAGCAGCAUCCUCUGAGUACAUUUGCACAAUGUCUUCAGUGUGGAGAUUAUUUGGGUUGAAUGGAACUGUAAGGACCAUUGCAAUGGAUUCAGUAUGACUUUUCAGACUUGGACGGAUGAUACCUGGUAACAGCUGCCAUGUUUGCAUGUAAUGGCAGCACAUUGGAGGGGUGUGGCCUUCUAGAACCAAUGGAAACUGAGAUGCAGGAGGCUGAGACUGCCCUUAUGCCCACCACUCUCAGGGUGGCGCUGGCUGCCAUCAUGAUCUUCAUGAUCACCAUUGGUUUCCUUGGCAAUGCCAUUGUGUGUCUGAUUGUGUAUCAGAAACCGGCGAUGCGUUCAGCAAUUAAUCUACUGCUGGCCACGCUGGCCUUCUCUGACAUCAUGCUGUCUCUGCUGUGCAUGCCGUUCACCGCUGUCACCCUGGCAACAACGGACUGGAGCUUCGGAGUGGGAUUCUGUCGUGUGUCGGUCAUGCUUUACUGGCUGUUUGUUCUGGAGGGUGUGUCUAUCCUGCUUAUCAUCAGCGUUGAUCGUUUCCUCAUUAUAGUUCAGCGACAAGACAAGCUGACACCCAAUCGAGCCAAAAUUCUCAUUGCAGCAUCAUGGGCUCUGUCUCUUUGCGUGUCCCUGCCUUCCGUGGUCGGCUGGAGAACCGCUGCGAUUGGUGCUCAAGUGCCGCAAUGCAUUCUGGGAUACAGCGAAUCGCUGGCGGACCGCGGUUACACGGUGCUGCUUGCGGUGGCUGUGUUUUUCGUGCCCUUCAGCGUGAUGUUGUAUUCAUACUUGUGUAUUCUAAACACGGUACGUCGCAAUGCACUGCGCAUCCAUAACCACACCAGCGAAGGCAGCGUUGCUAUCAACCAUGUUAGCAAACUGGGGUUAACCGGUCUGCAGCGGCCCCAGGUCAACGUAGACAUGAGUUUCAAAACCAGGGCCUUUACCACUAUCCUCAUCCUUUUUAUCGGCUUCUCUGUGUGCUGGUUGCCACAUACAGUUGUAAGCCUCCUGGCGGUGUUCAGUAAGCGGUUUUACCUCAGUCCAGCUUUUUACCCAAUCAGCAUCGGGGCUUUGUGGCUGAGUUACCUAAAAGCCGUCUUCAACCCUGUUAUUUACUGCUGGAGAAUCCGAAAGUUUCGUGAGGCCUGCCUGGAGUUUAUACCCAAGAGCUGCCAGCUCUGUCCCAAGAUUCCCGGGAGAAGUCGCAGGCGUAUAAGACCCAGCAACAUUUAUGUGUGCAGCAGUGAGACCCAAUCUUCAGUCUAGGAUUUGCACCAAAGUACAUUUAAAAUAAUGAAAGAUUGUGAUACUAUAUCAGUAUGUUUUAAAAUAAUUCACACUUGUGAUAUUUAUUGGUAUUAAUGGUUUUAAAGAACUGUUUUUAAAUCCUCUGAAGCUGAUAAUACGUCUGAAUUGAAUACUUGACAAGCAACUCUACGGCCCUUUUAAGUUUAUUAAAGGAACAGUAUGUAAGAAAUUUAUAUCAAUUAAUCAUAAAAUGGCCCUGAUAUGUCACUAGACAUUAAGAAAUCAUUUUCAUUUCAAAUACUUAUAUCACUGACAACAGUGGUCCGGCCAGGAUAUUGUCAUUUAAAAAGUGAAGUUGCAGCCCUCAACUGAUGUUCAUGUUGUCAUUUUGUGUAUUGGCCACCAGUUGUGUGAUUGCAGUACCAGUUUUAACCACAAGUUUUGUGAUUGCAAUACCAGUUUUGGCCACAAUCCUACAUACUGUUCCUUUAAAGCAAUAUACAUUUAUGUUACAGAACCGGGUAAUUUUUUAAGGUUAGAUGGUCUAGAGUUUUGUUAAACAUUUAAAUUGGCAAAUAAAACAACUGAACACCGUA